AUGCUCAGCUUUUCUAUGAAUGCCACAAAACUCACAGGCCCCAUUCCAAGAAAUGUAGGGAAUCUCACAAAACUCACUGUCUUGUACCUGUAUGGUAAUCAGUUAUCCGGGUAUCUUCCUCGAGAACUAGGUUACCUUGUAAAUUUAAAAGAGUUGGAUCUAGGCAAAAAUAAACUGAUGGGUUCCAUCCCCAGUUCUUUUGGGUGUUUGCUUAACCUCAAUAUCUUGGCCCUAUGGGAUAACCAACUUUCAAACCAUAUUCCUCAAGAACUAGGUUACCUAGUGAAUCUAAAAGAGUUGUAUCUUAACAUGAACAAUCUCAAUGGUUCAAUUCCCAGUACCUUUGGAAAUUUGACAAAGCUCACUAUCUGCUACCUUUAUGAUAAUCAGUUCUCUCGAUAUCUUCCUCGAGAACUAGGUCACCUAGUGAAUCUACAUAAGUUGGAUCUUAGCUCCAACAAUUUCAUAGGCUCUAUCCCUAGCACUUUGGGAAGUUUGAUUAACCUCACUGGCUUAUAUCUAUGGAGUAAUAUAUUGUCCGGGUGUAUUCCCCCCGAACUAGGUUACUUAGUGCAUCUAGAAGAGUUGGAUCUUAGUUAUAACAAACUAAAGUGUACAAUUCCCUAUACCUUUGGGGGUUUGAUUAACCUCACUGGCUUUUACCUCAGUGAUAACCAACUCAUGGGCCAUAUACCCAAUAUCUUUGGAAAAUUGACUAAGCUCACUAUCUUACACCUCGAUGACAAUCAAUUCUCUGGACAUGUUCCUCAAGAAAUUGGCACCUUAAAGGAUCUCAAACAUCUGCAAUUCGACGGUAACAAUCUCUCUGGUCCUAUUCCACCUGGGUUGUGUUAUGGAGGCCGGCUCAAGAAUUUAACCGCAUAUGACAACAAUCUGAAUGGACCUCUACCAUCCAGUUUGAUACACUGCAAAAGCCUAAUUAGAGUUCGUCUGCAAAGGAAUCAAAUAAAAGGAGAUAUCUCUGAGUUGGGAGUUCAUCCAAAUCUUAUUUAUAUGGAUCUAAGCUCCAAUAGACUAUUUGGAAAAUUAUCUUCACACUGGAGGGAAAGUGGUAAUCUUACCAUGCUAUGCCUCUUGAACAAUAACCUCACUGGUGAAAUACCCACAAGUAUGGGGCAAUUGCCUUGGCUAGGGGUGCUUGAUCUUUCAUCAAACAAGCUUGAAGGAGAUAUUCCAAGUGAAUUAGGCAAUCUAAAAAAAUUGUUCCAAUUGAGCCUUGCAAACAAUUUGCUCCAUGGAAGCAUACCACAAGAAAUUGGAGCAUUGUCCAGUUUGGAGUUGUUGGAUUUGUCAUCAAAUAACCUAAGUGGUUUUGUACAUGGUUCAAUUGUGAAUUGUUCAAAUCUCCACUCAUUGAAUUUGAGUAGAAAUACAUUGAAAGGGAGCAUCCCUACCAUCCUAGGGCUGCUGCACAACUUACAAUACAUGUUGGAUUUAAGUGAUAAUUCCUUUACUGGGGUGAUACCAAGCCAACUUAGUGGACUGAUAAUGCUAGAUACUUUGAAUCUUCCACACAAUGAACUUAAUGGAUCCAUCCCUGGAUCAUUUAAGAGUAUGGAAAGUUUGAUAUCCAUUGACGUAUCUUACAAUGAAUUGGAAGGACCAGUCCCAGAGAGUAAGCUCUUCCAAGGUUCUCCAAUCCAGUGGUUCGUGCAUAAUAAGAUGCUAUGUGGUGUAGUGGAAGGAUUGCCCCCAUGCAGUAGUGCAACUCAGAGCGUUAGGGAAAGAAAAGGAUGUAAAACACUUACACUAUCCAUGGGUUUUACACUGGCAUGUCUUGUUUUUGUUGCAACAAUAUUGAUGUUACGACACAAGACAAAGAAAUCAAAGGAAAUUAACAUUGAUAAAGUAACACAAGAAAAAGUCUUUUCAAUUUGGAGUUUUGAUGGGGCAAACGUGUUCAAGCAAAUCAUUGGAGCAACCAAUAAUUUUAGCGAGAGACAUUGCAUAGGAAUAGGGGGGUAUGGAUCUGUAUACAAAGCAAGACUUGAACCAUGGGAAAUAUUUGCAGUGAAGAAGAUACACAUGAUAGAAGACGAGUGUGGUGUGAAUGAGACAAUGUUCAAUCGUGAAAUCAAGGCACUCGUGCAAAUCCCUCAUCGAAAUAUUGUAAAACUAUUUGGUUAUUGUUCGUCUAGCCAAGGAAGGUUUCUUAUCUAUGAAUAUAUGGAGAGGGGAGACUUGUCACAAACACUGAGGGACUAUGGAAGGGCGAUCGAGUUGGAUUGGAGAAGGCGGACACAUAUUGUCUUGGAUGUGGUCCAUGCUUUGGCAUACAUGCAUCAUGAUUGUUCAUCACCAAUAGUCCAUAGAGAUAUAACAAGCAAAAAUAUUUUGAUUGAUCUGGAAUUCAGAGCAUGCAUCUCCGACUUUGGUACAGCUAAAAUUCUCAAUAUUGGAGGUUGCAAUCUCACAACACAUGCUGGGACAAAAGGCUAUCUUGCCCCAGAGCUUGCAUAUACAGAGAAUGUGACAGAGAAAUGUGAUAUAUACAGCUUCGGAGUGCUUGUUCUGGAGAUAUUUAUGGGCUCUCAUCCUGGCGAUUUUCUCUCAUCCUUCUCGUUGAGCAGCAGGAAUAAUGAUGUUUGCCUGCAAGAUCUCCUAGACUCGAGGCUUGUGCUCCCGGAUGCUGAAACCACUAAAGAGAUAUAUUGCAUGCUCAUUGUUGCAGUACAGUGCCUAGAGCCAAGUCCAUCACGCAGACCAACAGCACGACAAGCCAGUGAUGUGUUGUCUACCCUUACAGCAUGUGAAGGCCAUGUUGAUUAUCUGCACACUAGCGUCACCAUUCCUAAACAGUAGUGCCUAUGGCCAUGGAUGUUGAAUUCGUGUCCUAUAGUUUCCUCUUUGGAACCUACGUACAUGCUUGCUUAAUAAGUGUAGUUAUGACCGCAUGCAUCCCUCGAUGCAGA